UAGUUAAUAUUUUUCAACAUAACUCCUCGGACGAUAGAAACUAUGUUUCAUUUUGAGUAUAUGUGAUAGUACUGUAAAUCAAAAGUACUCGGCACAACUGCUUGGUUUGUAGAAAAAAAAUAAAAUCUGAAAAUCAGAUCUCCCAGAAGCAACAAAAAGAAGGCAAGCAAUGGAGACACGGUUUGGUUGAGUCUGUUUAUGAGUAGUAAUUGAAAGUGCAACACUGCUCACGCAAAGUUUAAGUUGACCCGGUGGAGAUGAUAUAAGUGUUGAGCAAUAUAUAUGUCUCAUAAAUUGCAUUUAAAAUGAGGAGGCUAAACCUUCAAGCUCUAAAGACGGUUAUCAACAUAUUGAUCAGUCUGUCAUAAACAAAUGCGAUAUAUUAUAUAGUUUAUUGAAAAUUAGAUUGUAUAUUGUCAGAAGAAGACCUGCAGACCAAUAUAAAUACGCAAUGGAUAAACAGAUAAAGGUUAUGUUGGGGUUAUGUUUUUACAUCGUAUUUUACACGUUAGUCGUGAGUCUACGUUCCAAGUUAGAGAAACAGGAAACAGAUGAAUGCACAAAACACACAAGAAGGUAUCUGUACUGUACAGGCAACAGAAACGGAUCUUUGACAAAUACAGAUAACCAUCAGAUAAUCUACACCCAGUUGAAUGAAGUUAUAAGCGAAAAAGAAGCUCUCCAACACAAACCAUGUCAGGAUCAAAGCCUUGCAGCAAAUGCAAGAUUGUCUAGACUGUAUUACUUAGAUUCACCAUAUAAAGAGUACGAAAUUGGAGACAAAAUAUAUGUGAUAGCAACAUUAUUUGACUCCUACGGAGGACGAAAAUUGUCUGGUGGGGAUCAUCUCCGUGCAAGGAUAUGGAAUCAAAACUUAAAUGCUUCUGCGCCGGGAGUUGUGUAUGAUCAUAAUAAUGGAUCGUACACACUUAUUUUCGAAGCUUUGUGGAGUGGGAAAUCACGCAUUUCAGCAACUAUAUCAUACACAAGAGAAGCAAUUACAGCAUUUUAUCGAAUGACUUCAGAGGUAGUUUCCCUGAGAAAUAUUUUUGCGAAGUACAAGGUUAAUAACUACGAUGAAGAUUCUUUGUGUCAUGCUGAUUUGAAUCAUUUACUCGCACAUACGAACUACAAAGAUGCAUGCAAUUUCACGAGCUUAAAUUCCGGCAUGCCAUGGUAUUGUGGAAAACCACAAAAUCCGCAAUUACGAUGUAGUGACUGGAAAUUUCUGAAAAGUGAUCGUCCAAAAAUUCCUUCAACGAUAAGUAAGUGCGAAAAGGAACUUCUACAGCACAGUUCCCAUCAAGUUAUUAAAACGGUCCUCAAGGUAUUUGUUAAAGGGCAAAAAAAGAACAAUAGGAGGACAAUUUUGCAAUAUUAUCAACCAAGUAUUCCAUGUUCAAAAUAUAAUACAACUUCACUAUGGUAUAGAAAACAUACUACUGGAUUUUUCUUCAAACGGCGGUGGCAUCUGACGCUUUGUCAAGGGUUCAAGGGCACCACCUUUCAGGAAUGUGUGAGAAACAAAAGACUCUACCUUGUAGGUGACUCAACAACAAGACAGUGGUACUCAAAUAUUUGCGAGCGUUAUAACUGCACAUAUUCUGCAGAAAGAACGAAAUUCGAGGGGUCAGAAAUGCUCUCAAUCCGCAAAGUGGAAAGCCAUAAUAUUACCGUUAUCAAUGCAUUGCACUGUCAGCCUGUGCAUAUUGGAAAUUAUUUCAGGAACCCGAAACAUUCUCUUAUAUCGAUACCAAAACGACUAGAGUCAAUAUCGUCGAAUGAAGAUGCGAUAUUUUUAUUUCAUAUUUUUGCUCACAUGAGCACACUCCAUCAUGAAAACUUUAGGAAUAAAAUGCGAUUAAUUAGAGUUAGUAUCGAGAAACUUUUAGAAAGAAAUAACAAAGUAAAAAUAUUUAUCAAAAUGCCACAUACAUAUACAGAAGACAAAGGUGGCAUUAACGAUUUUUUCGGCUAUGUUUUCUCACGUAUCAUAUUUGAGACAUUUAACGGGUUAUAUAAAAAAGUUAUUAUCUUGAACAACAGAGACGCAACUAAUUCCGUUGCUUCAGUGCCGUUGCACCCAGAUAACUUUAUUGUAAGUGCUAUGGUAGAUCAGAUGCUUAGCUUUGUUUGUUAAUAACUCUUUUUUGUACCUACUGAUAGCCGUAUCUAUUUUAUUAGUCAGUGUUCUAACGCAGCGGCUAAAAUUCUGUUCUAGAAAAUAUGCGUUUCCAUUUGAAGCAAACUGAGCAAAAUACAAGUGCUCGUUAAAAGGAGAUACAUUAAACAAGUUCGGUCUAAGUAAUAGCUAUAUAAAACGGGGUCGGUUGCAAACUAUACCAUAAGGUUAGUUUGAAACAAGAUAGAAUAUCUUGAAGUUUAAUUAUUGGAAAGUUCACAUCCCUCCGACCUUAGUUUUAUUAUCAUACUUUCUGUAGUGAUUUUCCUUUAUAUUAUAUAUUUACUGAUUGAAUUUACUAUAACUUUCUUUCUUUGUAAAAUUGUUUUAACAUACUACUUGAUCAACAAUAAGUUAUCAAAAGCAGUUUUUGUAACAUUUUGUAACAUAUCUUACGUUAAAAUUCUAGCAAUCUCGUUUUAUUGUAUUGCUAUUUUCUUACAAAGUAGUAUAGGAAUAUUCUAGUAUCAAGUUACUAAAUACUCUUAGAAAAUAGUACAGUUCCAUACUUCCAAAGCAGAUAGGUUUUGUCCGUAACGGCGCUCUGAAAUAUGUUACCACUGUAUUUUGUUAUAUUUAGAAAUAUGUAGGAAGAAACUAAAAUUACUGUUAUAAAUAAAGUGAUAUAAUUG